UCUCUCUUUUCCUCACUCUGUACCCAUGCAAGCCAUGCCUCUAAUGAUGAUCUAUCUGUACGGAGUACAGGGGAACAGAGGCUGAGGAUAUGAACAGGGGGCAGGGUCCCUUGUUUUCGCAAAGAGUCCUAGUCUCUAUUCGUAUGUACUAUGCCUACACAUACGGAGUAGCUAGCUCGCGCAAGAGUCAAGGAUCACGUCUAACCCAAAAGAGGGCAUUUUUGAUGGUUUGGACUGCGGCUUGUGAUUUCCCUCGGACCCCGUCUCUGUUACCCCCCCAGCCCCUCGCAUCGUCUUGUCUGUCUGGUCAGUGGUGGUGGUCUGGUCUGACUGAGUCUUUCUCUUCCUUCUCGCUCCAUCCGGUUACCUCCCAUUUCAAAGCUUCUUUUCUCAUUUUUCCUUCCUCCAAACAACUUUCUCCUGCCAUUGUCAUAUCUUGUUCUUUUGGAUGCCCCCUUGGCCGUCAGCAUAGAUACUUCUCCUUCAAACACAACAGACGAAUAAGCGCCAUCUACCCUACCUAGCACCUCGAAUCCCCUUGUCACUUCGGCCAGCGCAUCUUCUUCAACAAACCAACGUUCCUCCCGCCCGCCGCCAAAGCUUCGCUUCGUUUGCAAGCGGACACCACGGACCCCAUGCCAAGCUUUUGGUGAUCCCCCCAAAGACAUCAUUGGACACAGCUCUCCAAACCCAAACUCAGUUCCCGGUUCAAGCUCAAGCAAGCUCAUCUCGGUGGAAGUGAAGUGAAGCUCAGCCCAGCUUUGAGAGACAGAGACAGUAACCGAGAGCUCGCACUCGCACUGAAGAAAGACACAGCAGCGCGCUGCCCCUCCACGAUUUGGAGGGAUCGACACUCUCGGGUCUUGGCAACGGCCACCACGGCGCUGCAGGGUUUUUCUGACAGGAUCUGGCGCUAUCCUGUUCGCUCCAUCUGCGCCCUACGGAUCCUAAGAAAUUGAGAUACACGAGAGAGAGACACAGGGACUUUGUCUCUUCCGCAAACCAACACUUGCCGGGGUUCCCAACGCCUCUCUCCGGCCCCCCCGACGGGCGCAUUUCAAGCCACCAUCGCCGUCGCCGUCGCUGUCGCCGUCGCUGUCGCCGUCGCGAUCGCAGACAUUCUCCCGUAAUUCCAAUCAAAAGUAUCUCUUAUUUCAAUCGCGCACUAUAACCACCAUCCGCACCAUGUCGGCCGCCGACGAACAAAGGCCCAACGGGCACCCACAUUCCGCCGACCCGUCCACCUCUGCCGCCGCCGAAACUUCCACCACCACGGCCACAACGUCGGCGCCACCAACAGAUCUCGGCGCCGCUCAGCCUGCGACAACAACAGCAACAGCAACCUCUGAGCCGAUUGAGAAUCUUAACGGUCACACGGUGAAUGGCACCGCAGCUGACGGUCCCUCGACAAACGGCCACGCACCCAAUGGCACAACUCACGCCCCGGCGGCCCUCAACGGCAAUGCUACCACCCACGAUGUGUCGGACCUGAACGGGCACUCGUCACCUUCAGCCAACGGCGCGCCCGCCGCUGCCAACGAGCAGAUCAAUGAUGGCACAGUCCCAUCAACAUCAACAACAAACGGUGGGCCGCCAACCAACGAGCAUGAGCCCAAGCACGGAGAGGGAGCAGCCCUCGAGAACAAGAUCGAGGGCGUACAGAACCCGGAUGCUAACGGUCACAAGCCGCCCCACGAGAAGCCCCAUCAUCACUCUAGCGAUCUCAAGGGCCUGUACUCCGAGGGCAAAGAAAAGGUCAAGGACAAGACUAAGCCCUCUGGCGGCUUCGAUCCGACUCCCUUGCCCGACGCGCCUCCCGGCUACACCGUGCGUUUCAUCUUCCACAAGGCGAGCAACCUCCCCGCCGCCGACAUUGGCACCCAGUCCUCCGACCCUUUUAUCCACGUCACCCUCCGCGCCGCCGUCCCGAAGCGCCACAAGGAGGACCCGGACCUCACCCUCCGCACCCAGACCAUCCGCAAGACGACGGAGCCCGUAUGGGAUACCGAGUGGGUGGUGGCCAACGUCCCCGCCGACGGCUUCAUCCUCAAGUGCCGCCUCUAUGAUGAGGACUGGCCCGACCACGACGACCGCCUCGGCAACGUCACCAUCAGGGUCCCGCACGUCGGUCCGGACUGGAAGGGGUACCCGCGCCCCGGCCAGGAGUUCACGGCCAAGAAGCGCAUGGGCAGCAAGCGGGCUUACUUCGUCAAGGCCAUCACCAGCCACUUUGAUCCGCGCGUCGACAUGUCACCCAGGCUGUGGAUCAGUAUGGAGCUCCUGGGACAGUCUGACCCGCCGCAUGCGCAGAUGUGCACCCUUGGGCCGACCACCUACUUUAAGCACUUUAGUCCCAUGAUUGGGCGUCUUACUGGUAUCAAGGUCAACCGGGACGAGGAGAACGAUGCCCGGUCCGAUUUGUUUGACGAGGCUGAAAACAAGGAAAAGGACAACAAGACCCAGAAAUACGACUUCCAAUCAAACGAGAUGCAGCUCUCAGGACCCGUCCCUCCCGAGCUCUACCACCGCUACGUCGAGUUCCGCCCCAUGAUCGGCCUCAUGUUCGCAAAGAGCGGCCUGCGCGGCCGCAUUCUUAACAAGGCCCUGCACAAGCAGCACAGCCGCGUCUAUAAUUUCGACAGCUCGACAGAAUACGGCGUCUUCAAGGCCCGCUCCGAGGAGGCCGCGCUGCAGUUCCUCAAGCUCGUCCACUUUGACCAGGGCGGCCGCAUCUUCACCUACGUGUUGACGCUCGACGGCAUGUUCCGUUUUACGGAGACGGGUAAGGAAUUUAGCAUCGACAUGCUUAGCAAGCAUACCAUGCACAGCGACGUCGAGACGUACAUCGCCUGCUCGGGCGAGUUCUUCAUCCGGCGGCUCGAGAAGCCUGAUGCGUCGGAGGAGGCGGACCCGCCCGAGCGGACGCACCCGACGGAGGAGCUGCCCAACGGCCCGCCGAACGAGCACCCGCCGCACAACCCGUCGUACUACCAGCUCUACAUCGACAACGACUCGGGCACCUACCGACCAGACAAGUCGAUCCUCCCCAAACUCAAGGAAUUCCUCGAGGCGAACUUCCCCGGGCUGGGCAUCGUGGUGAUGCACUGCGAGGACGAGAAGCUGCAGAAGCUCAAGAAGGAGCAGGUCGAGGCCAAGAAGAAGGAGGGCAAGAUGAUCAACAUGGUGGCGCGGAGUCCCAGCUCGAGCUCGCUCAGCUCCAACGAGAGCGCGCUGGAGCACAUGGACGAGGCCGGGUAUGAUGGCGAGCCGGUCAAGAGUACGACGCAGAAGGCGCUUGAUGCGUUGGAGGACCCGAGUAGUCUGAAGAGGAUGCUGAAGCCGGGACAUCAUGGGGGAGGGGAGAGUUCGACGGCUCAUUAAUGGUGGGGGUUGCGGUGGUUGGGUUGGACUUUUUGACGUUAUAUCUUUGAUACCUUGUUGUUUGGAUUUACCGCAAUGGUACGGCGUUGACUAUUUCUACUUGGAUAUUCCCCGUCUUUGGACAUUACUAUACUUGGAUCAGAGGCUGGAUAGUCUGCAAGAUCGACUAUAAUUGAAUUUCACAACAUCACUGC